AUGCGUAUUAGGGACUUGGAGCGGGGUCUCCGAGAUGAGAUGCAGAGGGUGGACGCUUUACGCCGUCAGCUUCAGGACACCCAUCAGCACCUCUUCGCUUUGAAGAGGCAGCUGAAGGAGAGGGUGCGGAGUAUUUCGAUGGACUGCGAGCGACGCAGCCUGAGUAGUCAGCUAGAGGAGGCCAGAGAGGUUGGCCAUGGGCAGGCGAUGCGUAUUAGGGACUUGGAGCGGGGUCUCCGAGAUGAGAUGCAGAGGGUGGACGCUUUACGCCGUCAGCUUCAGGACACCCAUCAGCACCUCUCCGCUUUGAAGAGGCAGCUGAAUGAGAGGGUGCGGAGUAUUUCGAUGGACUGCGAGGUGUCACACCGACCUUGUAGGUGUUGGUAUACGUACAGUUAUCCUGACGAGGUCGUCCUGGCAGUGGACGAUGAGCGACGCAGCCUGAGUAGUCAGCUAGAGGAGGCCAGAGAGGUUGGCCAUGAGCAGCCGAUGCGUAUUAGGGACUUGGAGCGGGGUCUCCGAGAUGAGAUGCAGAGGGUGGACGCUUUACGCCGUCAGCUUCAGGACACCCAUCAGCACCUCUUCGCUUUGAAGAGGCAGCUGAAGGAGAGGGUGCGGAGUAUUUCGAUGGACUGCGAGGUGUCACACCGACCUUGUAGGUGUUGGUAUACGUACAGUUAUCCUGACGAGGUCGUCCUGGCAGUGGACGAUGAGCGACGCAGCCUGAGUAGUCAGCUAGAGGAGGCCAGAGAGGUUGGCCAUGAGCAGCCGAUGCGUAUUAGGGACUUGGAGCGGGGUCUCCGAGAUGAGAUGCAGAGGGUGGACGCUUUACGCCGUCAGCUUCAGGACACCCAUCAGCACCUCUUCGCUUUGAAGAGGCAGCUGAAGGAGAGGGUGCGGAGUAUUUCGAUGGACUGCGAGCGACGCAGCCUGAGUAGUCAGCUAGAGGAGGCCAGAGAGGUUGGCCAUGGGCAGGCGAUGCGUAUUAGGGACUUGGAGCGGGGUCUCCGAGAUGAGAUGCAGAGGGUGGACGCUUUACGCCGUCAGCUUCAGGACACCCAUCAGCACCUCUCCGCUUUGAAGAGGCAGCUGAAUGAGAGGGUGCGGAGUAUUUCGAUGGACUGCGAGGUGUCACACCGACCUUGUAGGUGUUGGUAUACGUACAGUUAUCCUGACGAGGUCGUCCUGGCAGUGGACGAUGAGCGACGCAGCCUGAGUAGUCAGCUAGAGGAGGCCAGAGAGGUUGGCCAUGAGCAGCCGAUGCGUAUUAGGGACUUGGAGCGGGGUCUCCGAGAUGAGAUGCAGAGGGUGGACGCUUUACGCCGUCAGCUUCAGGACACCCAUCAGCACCUCUUCGCUUUGAAGAGGCAGCUGAAGGAGAGGGUGCGGAGUAUUUCGAUGGACUGCGAGGUGUCACACCGACCUUGUAGGUGUUGGUAUACGUACAGUUAUCCUGACGAGGUCGUCCUGGCAGUGGACGAUGAGCGACGCAGCCUGAGUAGUCAGCUAGAGGAGGCCAGAGAGGUUGGCCAUGAGCAGCCGAUGCGUAUUAGGGACUUGGAGCGGGGUCUCCGAGAUGAGAUGCAGAGGGUGGACGCUUUACGCCGUCAGCUUCAGGACACCCAUCAGCACCUCUUCGCUUUGAAGAGGCAGCUGAAGGAGAGGGUGCGGAGUAUUUCGAUGGACUGCGAGCUUUCAGCUGGUUUUGGAGUUUCUGGAUUCGGACUUGGAUAG